UGAAUUUGACCGACCUUUUUGUAUUAUUGGCACAAAACCCUUUUCUUUUUAUUAUUGUCUCUUCUUCUUCUUCUUCUUCUUCUUCUUCCGUGAUUUUGUUUGGGUGGAUUGUUGUUGAAAAUCCAUCCUAUGUCAGGUUUGUAUAAUAAUCCCAACUUCUCUCCUGCACGAGCUGCCUCUCCACUCAUUAGAGCUAACCCAGAUGUUGACAGUCAAUACUUGACUGAGUUGUUGGAGGAGCAUCAGAAGCUCCAGCCUUUUAUGCAAGUUCUUCCAAUAUGCAGCAGAUUAUUGAAUCAAGAGAUCUUGAGGGUUUCGGGUAUGCUGCCGAACCAAGGGUUGAAUGAGCUCGACAGACUGCGGCAUAGAAGCCCAAGCCCCAUGGCAUCUUCUAAUCUUAUGUCCGGGACUAGACUUAGUGCCUGGAAUGGUAUUCCACCUGAGAGAUUAAGUGGACCAGCGGGAACAACCAUGGACUGGCAAGGAGCUCCAGCAAGUCCAAGUGCAUACACUGUCAAGAAAAUUCUGCGGUUAGAGAUACCAGUUGAUACCUAUCCAAAUUUUAAUUUUGUUGGAAGGCUUCUUGGCCCUAGAGGCAAUUCACUAAAACGGGUAGAGGGUACAACAGGUUGUCGAGUUUAUAUAAGAGGAAAAGGGUCAAUCAAGGAUCCAGAACAGGAAGAGAAGCUAAGGGGAAGACCAGGGUAUGAACAUUUAAACGAGCCACUUCACAUAUUGAUUGAAGCAGAUUUACCAGCAAGCGUUGUUGAUAUUAGGCUCAGGCAGGCCCAAGAAAUAAUCGAAGAACUGCUCAAACCUGUGGAUGAGUCGCAAGAUUAUAUUAAAAGACAGCAAUUACGUGAACUAGCGAUGCUGAACUCAAAUUUUAGAGAAGACAGUCCUGGGCCAAGCGGCAGUGUAUCACCAUUCAACACCAGCAGUGGAAUGAAACGUGCAAAAACCGGGCGUUGAAACAAUAACUGUGCAAACCUUUUGAAAACCAGUUGGGCGCGGAUCAGAAUCGUCAUAUAUGUGUACACACACUCUCUCUCUCUCUCUUUCUCUACUCUGCCUUGGAGAUCAUAUGCACCUUCCUAUACAUAUUUCAUGGGUUUAUGAUCACAAAUCUAAAGUAUAGGAUGGAAGUUUUGGCAGGAGAAUCUUGCUUUUUGUUUUUAAUUUUUAUUUUUGAAAGUUGAAUGAUGGAUAUAGCAAUGAAGAACACAGGAAAAGUUGUCUUUUUUAUUUUUUAUUUUAAUUAUUUAUAUUCUUGUUUUGGUGAUUAUAAGGUGAUGGGUGUUAGUGUUGUAAACUUUGAUUCAUUCGAUUUAUUCUUGCCAGUGAGAACAAUAUGUCAUCCAUAUAUAAAUACAUUCUCCUGCUUU